CGCCGCCUUGGAGAGCUCCCCAUGCCUCACCUCCAGGAGCAUGGAUUCCGCUGGCUCCCAGGAAAAGAAAUCCAUCCCACGCUUCGCCAGCUUCAAGCCUCGGCCAGCCCCUCCGCCCGAAGCUGAUCGGCCGCCCGGCCCCAGUCGCGACACCUCCGACCGCGAUGACAAGUCCAGGCACCGCUCCAAGCACCGCUCAAGACAUAGGAGCCAUCAUGACCGCUCCAGGUCUCGAGAACGUCACAAGGAACACAGGGAACAUCGUCCAUCUCAGAAGGAAGCUAGUCAUCGCCGACGAGAGCCCACCCCCGAAUAUCCACGAACAUCUGCACCGAGCCGCACCGUGAAGCCCCCGACCGAGGAAGCCUCAGAUUUGUAUUUCAUAGACAGCAAGGGCGACCGGUACAAUCUCAUAUAUGGAACCCUACAUCGAUACAGCAUUCCGCAAUAUCAUCGAGUUGGUCGUGGCAGAGUUUUGGGCUUGCCCCCCAGCUACAAAAUCGAUCGAGAGAGCGCGGUCGAGGACGUGUUGGUUAUAACGAGCGAACAUAAAACGGAAAAGUCCAGGGCGAAAGCGAAGAAUCUCCUCUCAGGUCUUAAUAAGAGCAAAGAGCGACUACUUCGGAUACGGCCAGAGUCUGUGCUUGACGCAGCCGCAGAAACGUUGGACUACAUUCCUUUGAGUGCCUCCGGCAAUGGGAAGCGCCAUGACUUUCUAGAAAUCGACUCGGGUGACGAGAAAUACGCAUAUCGAUCGAUUCAUGGCAAAGCAAAACCAGGCGAAGACUUGCCCAGCGAUGUGGAAGCCGUCUCUGAGACGGAUUCGGACCGAGAGGGGAGCCGGAGUGACCCUGACCAGGAGAUCAAACAACGCAAUGCGGAAUUGUUAAGAAAUAUUGAAAAGCAUCCUACCGAUGUUAUCGCAUGGCUCACUCUUAUUGACCACCAAGAAUCGCUUCUCCGAGGAUCCGAGAGAGAGUCUGGCUCUUUGACGUACGCGGAACAAAAGGGCUUGGCCGAUAUUAAGCUAUCGCUGUACGAAAAGGCGCUGAAAAAGGUUGGACCGAACUUUGCGAGGGAUCGCCUUUUACUUGGCCUUUUUGAGGAGGGUGCCAAACUAUGGGAUACCAAGAAGCUGUCCGCUCAGUGGCAGACUACUUUGAAGUCAAAUCCCCAGUACAUAAGCCUUUGGAUCCGAUAUCUCGACUUCCGUCAAACCGAGUUUCUAGAUUUUACUUAUGAGCGAUGCUUUGCUACCUUCCUUGAGUGUCUGAGGCUCAAUAGGUCUACAUCAGAGAAACCUGAGAAGGUCCAAAUCCACUUGUAUCUGUUUCUUCGGUUGACGCUCUUCAUCCGCGAAGCUGGGUUCACGGAGCAUGCAGCAGCUCUCUGGCAAGGUCUUCUCGAGCUGACUUUCUUCCGACCCGACUCGGUUGACGACAACCAAAGCCCAGAAGAUUUGAUGUCGGCUUUCCUAGAAUUUUGGGAAUCAGAGGUCUCGCGUGUUGGUGAAGCAGGCGCCAAAGGCUGGACGAGCACAGAGAAUGUGCUUCAAAAACCGAGUGAUACCGAAAAGCCUCGAUUCCAGCUUGACGCGCGAGCCUUAUUCGCAUCCUGGACACCAUACGAAAGGGAGCGAAUUGUCAAUGCUCGGUUACCAGCUCGCAGUAUCGAUGACUCGGAGGAAGAUGACCCUUACCGUGUCAUUAUUGCUUCUGAUCUUGAAGAAAUCCUGUCGCUAACAUGGCAGACACACCUAGCAUAUAUGCUGAUUGACGGCUUUCUUCAUUUCUGUCAUCUUCCACCGAUUUCAUCGGUCCAAAGCUUGGGCACAACCAGUCGUUGGAAUGGAGACGGCUUUAUACGGAACGAAUUUGCCAGCAGUUUUUAUGCAACGCUUGCGGACUGGCUGCCAAGUGUGGCUGCUGACACUGAGCCUACAGCGACAAGCCCCGUCCUCUUCCCUCAUCACAACUUUAUCGUCGCACUAGACACUCUUUUCGCCGAGCCAACCACGUGGUUUUCGGCCUUGAAAACCUGGAGCAAUGCCACGUCGGAUUCACAAUCCGACAUUGACCCUGCGUGGGUCCGCAGAACCCUUCGGCUGCUGAUAGAAGCGAACCCUGGCAAUGAUGAUCUGGCUGAAUAUGGUCUUGCUGUGGAGUUUGCGUGCAAUGCCAAGGAUGCUCGGAAAUAUGCGAAAUCGCUGCUCAAAAAGCGAUCAGCUAACCUGCGACUUUACAAUGCCUAUGCUCUCAUGGAACGGCGCUCCGGCAAUCACGCAGCUGCCGACCAUGUUUGGGCAACUUCCCUCUCUAUGAGCAAGACAUUCACCGAUCGCGACAGAGUGGAUAGCGUUAUUCUCUGGCAGACCUGGAUUUGGGAGCUUCUCGAGACGCGCAAUGUAGCCCAUGCAUCUUACCUGCUCUCCUGCAUACCCCAGAACAGCGUCGACUUCAAGGACUUUCCCGAUGCCUCAAGCCAACCCUCUUUCAGCCCGACAAAUCUGCUGAAGAUACAGAGCUACCUAUCAGAAGCCCAGCAAAUCGGUCUUGCCAACGACAAAGCCAACAUCUUCAUAGCCUGCACAGACUGCCUAGCCAUUCUAUCUUACCUCUCGCACUCCCAAGACCUCAACAAAGCCCUAGAAGCCUACAGCAGCGCACUUGCCCGACUCGCCUCCCUACCCGACCAAUCCAAGCCAUUCACGGCCUUCACCACCGAACUCCUCCAUCAAUCCCGCGCCCGGUUCCUCUACUACCACAUCCGCACCAGCAACGUCUACAAACCCUCACACAUCCGCGCUCUCUUAUCCGAAAGCAUCUCCCUCUUCCGCCACAACACCAUCUUCCUCUCCCUCUUCGCCUGGAACGAAUCCCGCUUCCGCAUCGAAGAACGCGUCCGCGACACCAUCCGCGACAUCACCACCACCACAACCUCCUCCUACCCCGACCCCCUCACAUCCACACCCACCCAAAUCCCCAUAACCACCCACCUCUUCUCCAUCUACACCGAACUCAACCGUCCCAUCUACGCCGGCUCAACCCUCCACUCCGUCCGCGCCGCCUUCGAAAAAGCCAUCGGCGACACCACCUCCCCUUCCACUUCCACCUCCACCUCUACAGCCCACUCCAGCAUCACCCUCUGGAAACUCUACAUCCUAUUCGAACUAUCCCGGAACGAGAUCAAGCGCGCCAAGGACGUCUUCUACCGGGGUAUGCGCGCAUGUCCGUGGUCGAAAGAACUCAUCAUGUUGGCAUUUACGCAUCUGCGGGCUGAUCUUAUCUCGCCGCGAGAGUCGAGAAAGGGCGAAGAGGGGAUGGGAUUUGACGAGUUGAGACAUGUGUAUAAUGUGUUGGUGGAGAAGGGAUUACGGGUUCAUUUGGAUAUUGAGAUGGAGUUGGAUGAGGUUGUGGUGAGGGGUGUGGGUGCGGGUGGGAGUGUUUCGUCUAAGUUGCCGAUUAAUAUGCCUGAGGAUGCCGAGAGUGAGGAUGAGGGGAUGCAGAUAGGUUAAUGGAGCGCCCGGGGGGGGGUAGUAUUGGUAGAUUAGAUUAGCGUUGGUAAUGAUGCAUUGGGCUUAUUACGCGAUGUACGAUUCGCCUAGACGCAUUGUAUUCCCUUAAACAUUUAUGAGCCGUGUAAAGACAGUAAGAAGUAUUGUACAGGAUAUUGCAGUUCGCGACAGACAGAGACAACAAAUAAUCAAAGAGACGUGAAG